AUGUGUUGGGCACAACCAGCUCUAGAGAUGACCGUGGACACAAGCCAUUUACUCGGGCCUUAUGAUGCACACCUUCUGGUAUAUGGCCUACAAGAGCUCUCGCUGCCAAAAUUUAGAAUUUCAUCGAAAUAUUGGUUGAAAACGAUUGAUCGCUACCUGAACCACACAAAAGAGCAGCAACAGAAAAUGCUGGAUAAAAUCUUGGAGCUGAAGGAGAAGGAGAGAAAGCUGUUGACGGAGAACUCGGUGCUCCGCGAGGAGUACAAGGCGCUGCCUCUGCUAGAGCUGGCCACUGCUGCUGCUGCUGCUGCUGAAAGAUCGCCUGACGGCGCCGGAGCUGAAGAAGCUGAGGAGGACGAGCGGCGGCGGCAUUACAUGGAAGUGGAGACUGAGCUGGUCAUUGGAAGGCCCGGGUCGUCUAGCUAG